UAACUUUUCGAUGAAGGUCAUUAUUAUCAAAGCAGAUUUUUGGUAUUUUGGUAUCUCAACUCAGCAAAUGUAGAAUAUAAAUGUUCAACCUUCUCCUUGAGUAACCGCCUUUCUUCCCCUAACUACAUAUUUCUCUCGCAUACCUUGUCGUUCCCUUUUGUUCAAAAAUACAUUUUUGAAACGAAACAUAUAUACAAAGAGUGGAAAGCGCCAUACAACCUUUCUAUAUUGUUAAACAUGCGCACAUUCAUGUUGCUGGCUGCUGCUACGGCAGUUUUGAUUCAGAUGGCUGAAACGUCACUCGUCACGAUUCCUUUGCACAAACGCUCUUCGGAUACCAGUUUCAAAAACACAGACCUUAAUUACGAUGAUGGUUUGCUUGUUGGAACAGCCUUGGUUGGUAACCCGCCUCAACAAUUCGAGAUUUUAUUCGAUACAGGCUCUGGCCUUACUUGGGUUCCAUCAUCGGAAUGCAAGAGCGGAAAUUGUAAAAACCGUGAAGGCUAUAAGGCCGAUCAAUCAUCAACCUCUGUCAACACCGGCCAAACUUAUAAAUUGUCUUAUGGACAAGGCCAAUGCAUUGAUGCCAAGAUAUACAAGGACACUGUUAGUAUCGGCGGCUUUACGGUAAUUGAUCAACAAUUUGGAGCUGCAACUCGAGUGUCCGGCUUUGAUAAACCAUCCUUUUUGGGAGUAUUUGGUCUUGGUGACUUUUCAUCGAACGGAGACUAUUAUCUUAAUGCCACUGGAAAACCGAACACCAUUGGUUCCCAAGAAAUCCGACGUCGACAAACAGCUCCAGGUAGCGCAAGCUAUGCCUCAAAUGCCUUUAUGACUAAUAAUGGAUAUACUUCACCACAAUUCGGGACGUAUGUUACAAGCGCGCCUACAGGCUUUGGUAAAAGAUGGCACACCAAAGGUCACUUUGUAUUCGGUGGAGUCGACCAUAGUGUCUACAAAGGCAAGAUUGCCUAUUUCCCGUUGGUCGAUAGUUGCGAUGAUCAAUCCAGUCGAUUCUGGAAGAUCCCCUUGACCUGUGUCAAGUUUGGUGAUACCGACAUCAAGCUACACCCGAACUCCAAUGCUGCCAUCAGUACCGGCACUAGCUUCCUUUCAGCUCCCAUCAAACAAGCUGAUAAGAUUCAUGAUGCCAUUGAUGCACAAUAUGACCCUAGCUCCAAUGUGUAUAAGAUCGAUUGCGACAAGAUUGACGAUCUUCCUGAUCUCAUAUUUACAUUUAGUGGAUACACUGUCAAGUUGCCUUCUUCUGAAUGGACAACCCGCAAGGGCGAUCAGUGUAAUACACUUAUUCGUCGUAGUUCUAGUGACAAGAACUGGAUUCUAGGAGGAGCCUUUUCCAACAGUUUCUAUACUAUCUUUGACCUUGGUGGUGAACGUGUUGGUCUUGCUAUUCCUAAGGACCAGUGCAAAGCCAAGAUCUAUAAACAUGGUCACUCACUAGAGGAUUGAAAUGAUGCAUGAGACCCUGCAUUCUAUCAUGAUAGACAAAUCAUUGCAUACAUCUUCUUUGCCGCUUCUUCUGAGACUGUAGAUUUAUGUCACAGUCCUGCAUAUAGCCUAACCUUUACCGUGAUGACAUUCUCUACACCCCCUUCACUUUACCACACCGAACCGUACCGUACUGCCAAUUUGUAAAAUCAAAGCAUCCUCACAUUCAUUCAUCAUUUUUUUCCUUUCCCCAUCUUAUGCAAAUCAAUGACAUUUGUGAUUGCCACACAGUAA